CCGGUAUAAAAGCCGUCCAACUUCCUCAACUUUUCACUCCGCCUCAAACUUUACUACAGGGAACAAGCCCCGAUCUAAAACACUCACCGUGAAACGCUAGAAUUCAUCAUUUUUUUACUAUUCGUACUUUACGUCUCCAGUGGACAAGCCGGGAUAUAAAACGUCAACGAAACGCGGUAGAUUUAGUUCGUACUUUACGUGUUUGUUUUAUUAAGUUGUUGCUGUACCGUAACGUUGAGGAUGUGGACUGCAGUGACGGCGUUGUUGUUGCUGUGCUGUUGGGGAGGAGCCAGCGGGCAGGUACGGGGUCGCGUCCCGGGUCUCCCCGGGCACGUUACCGUGGACGGGUUUGAUCCCGCACGGGACCGUCUGCGGCCAGUGGUGCAGGCUAAAGAAGACAACAUGCGGGUCCCUGGAUCGUACAUCGUUGUUCUGAAGGACAUGUCGACGCGGGAAGAUAUCGAGGCUGUGGUGAGGGGUUUCCAGGCUACCGCAGGAAGGGCCGGCCCCGCCUUUGAGAGCGCGGUUGACGUCAUCUUGGAUCAGGUGAUGAUGGCGUUCGUCGCCCGGCUGUCACCUUCGGCCCUCCGACUGAUGCAAGCCAUCCCGGGUGUGGACUUCAUCGAGGAGGAUCAGAUUUUUGAGAAGCAGCAGGCCGUGCCCUGGCACCUGGACCGGAUAGACCAGCAGGACCUACCCGUCAACGGGCAGUUCAGUGCAACAGGUGACGGUAGUGGCGUCGAUGUGUACGUGCUUGAUUCCGGAAUCCGGUACAGCCAUGAAGAGUUUGAGGGGCGUGCUUCCUUCGCAGGAUUCGACGCCUUCGAUCCGGCUGGAACUAACCAGGGUCAGGAUAUAGACGGGCACGGUACCCACGUGGCCGCUCUCGUUGGCGGAAAAACGUACGGCGUGGCGCGAAACGUGCAGCUGAAGAGCGUGCGAGUUCUGGACGAACGCGGUAGGGGGCGCGGCAGUACCAUCCUGGCCGGUCUCAACUAUGUCCGCAUGCAGGUCAACACGAACCCCAACACGCGCGCCAUCGCCGUUAUGUCUCUUGCAGGUGCCAGUAUGACGACCGUGAACAUGGCUGCCAAAGAGCUGGUCCAUACGGGCUGUGCCGUGUUCGCAGCCGCCGGGAACGGAGCCAGGGACGCCUGCCGCGCCUCUCCGGCAGGGGAACCGGAGGUCAUCACGGUUGGCGGGACGAACGCGGCUGACGGGCUGUACCGCCGGACUGUGAACGGGCGCCUGCGGGGCACCAACUACGGGCGCUGCGUGGACAUCAUGGCGCCCGCACAGGAGGUACUGAGCGCCGACGUCGCCUGCGACACCUGCAGCCGCGAGCUCAGCGGAACGUCACAGUCUACACCUCUGGUUGCAGGCGUGGCAGCCACCAUGCUGCAACAGGACAACACCCUGACACCUGCGCAGUUGCGGAUGAGGCUGCUGUUCGACGCCGCCACAAACAAGAUCGACUUCACCCACAUCCCUGACGAGAUGAAACCUAUGACCCCCAACAAGCUGCUCUACAUCCCACAGUCAUCUGCCUUCAGCUCAGGAAUAACUCCGACCUGUCGGACGGUUUGGUCCCUCAAGUCUGACCCCACGGACGGCGCGCCAGCCUCGGUCCGGUGCAACCUGAACGAGAGGAUGAUGGGAUGUUCCUCCGUGUCUGAUGACGGCCUCCGGGCGGGGGAGUUCACUUCGGCCCUGCCAGGUGAUAUCAACGUGUGUAUCGCGCAGAACGGUAUCGGCGGUACGGGCGUGUGGGCCAUGGCGCGGUGCUGUGUGUGGCCGGGGUCAGAGUGCUACUUCGAGAAGUCCGACAGAUCCUCGUCUCAGGACGACGCCAGGGCAAACAUCAAGUGCGAGAGGAACGAUGGCGACCUGCUUACAAGCUGCAGUGCCGCCACGGAUACGAGGUCGAUCGACGGUGCGCGGCCCGCCUCUACACGGAUCAGGUUCGUGCGGCUCCCGCUGCGGACCUGCAUCGCGCAGAACGGCGACGGCGGGAACGGCGUGGAGGCGCACGCCACCUGCUGCCGGGCAGACAACAUGGAAUGUCGGGCCGUCUGGUCCAACAGGUCUCCCGGCACGCCGAAAGCCGAGGUGACGGCGACCUGUUCCCCCGGCUGGGUCCUGACCGGCUGCAGCGCGUACGACUGGAGCGGCCACGCUGACGGCGCCAUGCCCAUCGACAACACCUGCACUGCGCGCAACGGCCAACAGGGGGAGGGCGUGCACGCCGUGGCCAUCUGCUGCAGAAGAAAGUGAUGACUCCCAAAAGUCUGCCAACGAGGCUAUUUUGUUGUCGGCUUUACUAAGCAUUUUACUAAAAAAUGAUGUUUAGAGAUCGAGUGUCAUCGUUUUGACGUUUUUUAUUGUGUCGAGUUCUCAACAUUGUUGCUGCUAUAACUACCAAUGAACAAUACUAGUAAUUAAUACAAAUUAAUUAGCAACUCUCCGAUCAGAGUUUGAAGUAAGAGAUCGUUACGACUACUUUAUGGUACUUUUGUAAAUGACAAAAAUAAAGAUGCAGUAUUUCUGCUUCAAAUGAUUAUACUCGUAUUUGCUCGUAGGUUUUAGUUUUCAUGUUACUUUUGUACAUACUUGUUUUCCUAUAAAACUUGAUAUCAUUUUAAUAUGACUUUAUAUGUGAAAUAACAUGUGCACAUGCAAAAUCUAUGCAAACUAACUAUGAUCAACAUCAUUCAAUUUGGUAUCAAUCUUAAAAUGUUUGUUGUUUAUCAUAAAUAAAGUUUGACCAUAA